CUAAAAUGGAGUCCCCAACAAAGAGCUCACUUCAGCUAGAGACAGCUACAACGACGAAUAUCACACCCAUUUUGAAGAUUAUUUCAGUUGCAUCCGUUGCAGCUGGCAUUCAGUUUGGGUGGGCCCUACAACUGUCCUUGCUCACACCAUACGUCCAACUGUUGGGGGUUCCACAUGUGUGGGCCUCCUUCAUUUGGCUGUGUGGGCCCAUCUCCGGGAUGGUAGUCCAGCCCAUUGUGGGAUACUACAGUGAUCGUUGCACCUCAAGACUCGGUCGCCGUAAACCUUUUAUCAUCACUGGAGCCCUGUCUGUCAUCAUCGCCGUCUUCCUCAUCGGAUACGCUGCUGACCUCGGUCACUCCUUCGGCGACGACAUUACGAAGAAAACCCGCCCUCGAGCUGUUGCCAUAUUCGUCAUCGGUUUUUGGGUGCUAGAUGUGGCCAACAACAUGCUACAAGGGCCUUGCCGCGCCUUCUUAGGCGACCUGUCUGCCGGAGACGAAGGCAAGAUCCGAAUGGCCAAUGCCUUCUUCUCCUUCUUCAUGGCGAUAGGUAACAUCCUCGGCUACGCGGCAGGUUCAUAUGAAAACCUACACAAAGCUUUUCCGUUCUCGAACACGGAGGCAUGUGAAAAGUUCUGCGCUAACCUCAAGAGCUGCUUCUUCAUCUCCAUCCUUCUCCUCCUUACCCUGACCGGCCUCGCCAUGUUCUUCGUUGAAGACGUUCCCCUCUCAGAGGCCAAGAAAAAUGAGGACAUUGAAGGCACUGAGGACUCUGCUCGUUCGGCAGGAUGCUUUGGAGAAAUCGUUGGGGCGUUGAAGGAGCUGAAGAAGCCAAUGUGGAUCUUGAUGCUUGUAACAGCAAUCAACUGGAUCGGUUGGUUCCCAUUCUUCUUGUUCAACACCGACUGGAUGGGAAAGGAGGUGUACGGAGGUAAUGUGGGUGACGAGGCCUACGACAAAGGUGUUCGCGCUGGAUCGUUAGGUUUGAUGAUAAACGCCAUCGUUUUGGCAGUUAUGUCAUUGGGGGUUGAACCGGCUAGCAAAAUCAUGGGUGGAGCAAAGAACCUUUGGGGUAUUGUUAACUUCAUCCUUUCCGGUGGUUUGCUUUCUACUAUUUACAUCACCAAGGUCGCUGAGUUUGACCGCCAUCGUGCCGGCCAUUAUGUUCCUCCAGCUACCGGCGUAAGGGUUGGUGCCAUGACAUUCUUCGCCGUCGUUGGUAUUCCACUUGCGAUCAAUUUCAGCGUUCCGUUCGCUCUAGCAUCAGUCUACUCAGCCACCAGUGGAGCAGGCCAAGGCUUGUCUCUUGGGGUUCUCAAUCUUGCCAUUGUGAUCCCACAGAUGAUAGUGUCAACAGUGAGUGGACAAGUGGAUGCCUGGUUCGGCGGUGGAAACUUGCCUGCAUUUGUGAUGGGUGCGAUAGCGGCUGCUGUGAGUGGUGCAAUGGCAAUUGUCAUGCUUCCGUCCAUAAAGAAAUCUGAUGCGGCCAAAGCUUCUAUGGUCGUUGGUGGUGGACACUGAUCGUAAUAUAGUAGGAAAUUCAUUACAAGGGACCCUAUUUUUUGUAUAACACUUUGCAU